ACAAGCAGCUUUGGAAGCUUUGACCGUUUCAGGCACCACUCGAUAUCAAAGACAGAUGAUUCACCUGAGAUAUCUGAGUUGGAGACCAUAAGUGACAUUGGAGAAGCAGUACAAACUAAAGCAGCAAGUAAUGGAGGAAGUUUGGGUAAGAAGAUGAGAGCCAUUUCCCUUACCAUGAAGAAAAAGAUGGGUAAAAAGUACAUCAAGGCACUCUCUGAGGACAUGAAUGAAGAAGGAAAGGAUGACAGUGAUCCUGGUGGUGGAAUACACACUGAGAAGGUCUCCCUAAAAGCCAGUGACUCUAUGGAAAGUCUCUAUAGCCUGAACAGUGGCCAGAGCUCAUCUAGUGGGGUGACCAGCUGCUCGGAUGGAACGAGCAACAGGGACAGCCUCCGAUUUGAUGAUGAAGUCCCUUACAGUGGACCCUUCUGUGGUCGAGCCAAAGUUCACACUGACUUCACACCAAGUCCUUAUGACACCGACUCUCUGAAAAUUAAGAAAGGAGACAUUAUAGAUAUCAUCUGUAAAACCCCCAUGGGUAUAUGGACAGGCAUGCUGAACAACAGAGUAGGAAACUUCAAGUUCAUUUACGUGGAUAUUAUCUUGGAAGAGGAAUCUGCACCCAGAAAGAUAAAGCCACGCAGAGGAAGCAAAAGGACCAAGCCAAAAACGUUGCAGGAACUCCUGGAUUGUGUCCACCUGCAGGAAUAUACCUCAACCCUCUUGCUAAAUGGCUAUGAAACUCUAGAGGACUUAAAGGAUCUACAGGAGAGCCACCUGAUUGAAUUAAAUAUUUCAAACCCAGAAGACAGGGCAAGAUUGUUAUCAGCAAUUGAAAAUCUACAGGACAAUGACAUUGAACAACAGAAAAAUGAGGGUGGUCAGGAGACACGGAGCUUCAGCUCUCACCAUGGCUUUGACAAAUCACAGUUAAAUGACUGCCCAAGAGAUUCUGGAUGUUACAUCUCAUCAGAAAAUUCAGAUAAUGGUAAAGAAGAAGUAGACCCAGAAACCCUGUCUGACAUGGUGCAGUCAAUAACAAUCACUGAGUCAAACUGAUUCAGUCCUGCAACUUUUCUGCAAAUUUUCAGAAAAGACAAUCAGAUUUGCUGGUGUGAUGGCACAGAAGCAGAACACAAAAUAUUCUCAACACCAAAAAUCUACUUCUGUCUGAUGUAUGAUGCUCUAGACUGUUUAAUAUGUGGACACUUGAUGAUUGAUAGCUAAAUGUUAGCUGAUAAUAAGAAUAUCU